AUGGCGCCAAGGCAACGGAAGUCUACACCAAAUGGGGAUAAGGCGUCGAACAAGAAGAUGACCCUGCGCGGCCGGCUCCCGAUGACCGCCAUCUCUACGGCAUCUGCAAGUUCUGAAACGGCGUCGACAACGACGACGCUACAGACAGAAACGACGACUUCCAAGAAGCCCAUCCCUACUAAGGCAAGAAAUGCAAAAAGAGAGCCUCCGCGUCGCACGGCCCAGUCAACAUCCUCCUGGAGUAGCAGCAGCGGCGGUAAGCGUAGGACCAGAAAGAAACGCGAGCCUCGCAGUGCCUCGUCAUCGUCCAGAGACGGCAGAAAGGGCCGCAUCGGAAGGCACGACAGUUCCGGCACAACUUCGUCGACCCGCAGCAGCCUGGUCACGCGCCGGUCCAGGGGCAAGUGGUCGUCAGACGGCAGCCCUUGGUCGAGCAGCCCGCCAUUCACUGUGAGUACUUCGAGAGGCAAUACCGCGCGGGGAGGUACCGCGCCGCCUUACACCACCGACGAAAGCGCCAGUGAGCGAGGGAGCUGGUGCAGUUCAAAGGUGACCUCUUCAGCCAAAACGCGUGGAAGCAAGCGCGGCACACGAAGCCACCAGUCAGGAAAUAUGUCUGACAGCGCCAGCACUGUGGCAGACGAGCGCACCUUGAAGCGCCGUCGCAAGUUUACCAUCGCUCCGCUCAAAAAUCCCAACCGACAAGGCCGUCGUCGGUCUAGCAGUACGUCUAGCAGCGCAGCCAGCGAGCGCAAUGUAAGGCGCCGCACCAAGACUGUGACCACUUCGUCCAAAAAGACGAAACGACGUAGCCUUCCGAGGUUGAGCAGCUCGACCGACAGCGAUGGCACUUCUGGCACCACUAACAGCGCAGGCUACGAGAGCUCCCUAAAACGCGGGCGCAAGACCGCCAGCACUUCGUCCAAAAGGAGCAUUGCCACCGGCAAGCAAAAGACCGCAGGUCGUGGCCACUCGACACGUUCCUCGUCUACUGGUCGCAGCGGCACGACUGCAGCACCGAAAGCGAAGAAACAGCGGCAGUCGGGGAGCCGGUCAAAAAGCAAUACCGAUGGACAGCAACGCGAAUUAUCUACCGCAGCGCUGCAUGAUCGUAAGGAUGUGUUGGAGGCAGAAAUGACCGGCAUUGCCGUAUUGUGA